UUCUGACUUGUAUCUCAAUAAGGAGAGUCAAAGAUGAGCUGUUGUGGUACACACAAACAAAAUACGAAAUUAACGGCUUCUUGUAGACAUAUAGUUGUACACUUUAGUUAAUUUUUUUACAUUCAUUUAGUCGCGACAUUCGUCAUUUGUUUAGUAAAUUUCAACAAUUAGAAAUAGUACUCAUUGAAAAUCGUUGCUAAAUUCAAAUUUGAGAGUUAGUCACCUGUCACUUGCAUGAUACGGUGCAACCUGCACAAGGUAAGUGCACACACUAAAAGCCACAACCUUCUUUGACUCUAAGUAUUCAGUAAUUUGAGACUGUAGUAUUUGUUGAAUCCAAUGCUGAACAUUUAAUUUUGAACAACUCGUUUUAUCCAAAUUUCAAAAGUAAAAUUAAAAAUUUAUUAUUGUAUGUAUCUAUUACAAAUUACUGUAUACUUCAAUUUAUUAUUUAUGUAUACACUUAAAGUAGCAUGUAUUUUGUAUACGUUACAAUGAAACCCAUUUCACAUGUAGUUUACAUAACAUAAACAUAAAUUACAACAAUAGUGUUGAAUUUAUAUGUAUGCACAUCUAGUUGAUUCAUUGAAACGUAUACAAUAUUAGUUAUUACAUGUACACAUGAACAGAGAAAUUUUAAUUUUAACAUUUAUUUCAAGUAUUCUAUUUAGACUAAGCGCUUAAUUAGACUCUUAGAGCAGAAAGUAAAAAUGUUUACUGAAAUCUCUCUGUUCAGUAUAAAAUAUAAUGUUUACAUGUUGUCGAUAUAACAUUCCCACGCUUACGUAAAGGCACUAAUGCCGCACUUGACCAAAAUUGGUCAAAAGACAUCACUGACGAUCGAUAGGUUUAUGAAGUUGCUGUUAUUUAUUAAUGAAUAAGCUUUAAUACGUGAUGCGUUAUGAAUACGAAUUUGAUGCCGUUACAUUUAGGCACAUGUCAGUAAAAUGUUAGAUCGCUGAGAUACCUUUUUUUUAUUACUUUUCAAUUGACGAGUAAAUGUAAAAUUAUACUCGCUAUAAAAGCAUCGAUUAUUGUUCUCUGACGUCAGGACUAUCGGAUAAUAUUUUAAAAUGUAAAAAGACGAAUCCGAAUCAAGCAAACUGUUCGCGUUGUUUUUGGCGCAAUUUCGCCGCCAAUUAUUUCAAUGUUUGGCAAGAAAAAGUGUGUAUUUGGAGAGAAAAACUGAAGACGAAGAAAGAAAAGUCACACCUGCAUGUGAAGACGAUGCGAAAAACACGACGCCAUGGUUGUCGCCUGCGAAAAUCUUCAUGAACAAAAGGCGAGUAUUUUCUCUUAUUCUACGUAAUGUUAAGGACCAUCCAAACAUUGAGACCUUUUCAUCCACCACAAUUUAAUCCUAUCAUCAACCGGUUAUUUUAUUUUACUAAACCAAAUGUAGCUCGUUUGAUCGACUUUGUAUAGUGAUGACUUCGAGACUUUUUCUCGUUCGUCUGUUUUUCACUUUCAAAGCGUCGACUUCUCGUAUAAUUAUUCGUUUUCACUUUUACAUUGAAUGCGAUACUCAUGCUCGUCUUAUCCGAGUCUUUUGUUGCCACGUUUUGUGCAAGAAGCCGGAAGAGAGUUUUCGAGCAUCGUGAAAACCGGUCGUCGUUACAACUGCAUUUUAGUUUUGACAUUUUCGAUAACGAAUAGUCGCGAGUGUAUAGUGUGAAUACUGGAACAGUAACUUCGUACACCAGCAGCUGCAGUCAACAAUCAAGGAUAACGUUGCAGUCGCCAUUGCUGUCGCAGAAAUCGACCGCUUUCGUCGGCAUCGUCAUCGAUUUCCUGAAGAUCAAAAACAAAUUAUUUUCAUACAAAGAGACGAGACCUUCGGCGGGCUCUCGGGCAUGCUCCGUCAGAUCCUCUCCCCGUCAUCCGAAAACGACGAGCUCAGCUUCUCCUCCGCCGGCACCUGCCACAUCCUCCAGCAGCAGCAACAGCAACAACCACAGCAGCAGCAGCAAACAUCGUCCCUCUUCAAUGCCCACGCGUCGGUCCUCUCCUCGACCCUGCAAAUGCCGCCCCCUCAAUCGCCGCUCAGCCACCACCACCACCACCACCAACUCGUCUCCUUGCAAGAGCAGCAGCAGGUCAACUACCACGAGCACGUGCAGAUCCUCACGGAGACGCACCCCUGCCCGAACUGCGGCAUGAAGCUGACCUACCACGUGCGCACCACCCACGCCCACCGAGACCAGGUCGACCAGCUUCUCGACGUCGGCGAGACCCAGCUGAUGCGCUUCACCUGCCACGCCUGCAACCGAACCUUCCUCGCCCAGAGCCACAUGAAGGUCCAAAACGAGCAGCAGCAGCAGCAGCAGCAACAGCUUGUCCACAUCUCGCCCAGGAUGCAGAGCCAGCAGCUCGUCAACACCUCGCCCCCUAGUCAGCACUACCAGCAGCAGCAGCAGCAGCAGCAGGUGGUGCACCAGCCGCCUCAGCCGCCGCCGCCGCCGCCGGUGCAGCAGGACACCAAGAGCUUCUCCUGCGACCGCUGCCAAGCGAGCUUUCGCUACCGCACCCUGCUCGAGAAGCACAAGAAGAUGCACGAGAUGGCCGCCGGACAGGACAAGCCCUACUCCUGUCCCCGUUGCCUCAUGCGCUUCGAGACGAGAAAUCUGUACAACCAUCACGCCAAGACCCACAAGCCCCUGGCCGGCCAACAGUCCUCUGGCGGAGCCUCCGGCUCGACCGGCAAGGAUCAGGUCCUGUACAACAAGGCCAACAACAGUUACCCCUGCGAGACCUGCGCCAAAGAGUUUCCCACCGUCGAGUCGCUGACCUCGCACAAGGCCGUGCAUAGAUCCCGGCCGCUCAUCUGCGACGUCUGCGGCAAGGGUUUCACCCACCGCAAGUACUACGUCGUGCACCAGAGAAUCCACACCGGCGAGCGACCCUACCUAUGUGCCAUGUGCGGCAAAUCCUUCACCCAGGCGUCGACUCUUACGGUCCAUCGACGCUAUCACACCGGCGAGCGGCCUUACACUUGCACGCUCUGCGGCAAGGGCUUCGUCACCCGUACGAUCAUGCUGAAUCAUAUGAAGAAACAUUGAGGGACAGUGCCGUAUAGUUGUAGAUCUGUUAGGUUAGGGUUUGCUAAUUCAGCCGUUAUGGAAGUCGUUGCGGAGGAGGGCGUGAUCUGAUGUAUACGACCGAGUUGAGUUGUCUCAAGUAUACGAGGGAAAAAAGUUAACCGUAGAAGCCAAAUCUUGUGUAGUAGCUAAGGGAGUACAAAAGAAAAAUGUAACGAAAUAGCCUUAGAGACGUGUCAAAUCGGGAUACUCGAAUUUUUUAAUAAAAAACGUUGUUGAAUUUAACUGUAGAGCCGCCGCCUCUGCCGCCGCCGUCACCGCGAAUGUCAUCACUGUGAUAGUUGGUUUCUAUAGAGAUUUAUAUAGGGAUCUCUGCGACUAGCGAAAAUUAACGAAUUCUAAAAGAAAUACGAUAAAAUUUGUAGGGUUAUUAUUAAUUUAUAGACAAGCGAGCGUAGGAGAGGGAAAAUUUAAAAUCGCAAUCGCAUUUACUCGACGGAGGGAACUCGUCAGGGAAUUCUACGGUGCCUUUAAUCAAAGUAUACAUGUGAGUGAUAUGCAGUGCCCAAUAAGGGAGAAUACCAAGUCGAUUUUGUUAUACAAGUAUAUAUUCGUAAAUUCAUCAGUAUUCUUCUUUAUUACGUGCUAGGAUACACUUCGUUAAGUGCCACCUACCCGUAACGCGGGUUACGUAAACGCAAUUAUAUAGAUAAUAAAAUGUAUUAGGGGAUAAAAAUUAAGAUAUACUAUACUAAUAGACGUGAAAUUAAAUGUGACUUCGUCUAGAAAGUACUUUAUUCACGACGAUCGAGUAACUGAGCCUCUGUUGAUCGAGAGAUGCUUAGCUAAAUCAAAUUGCUUAAAUAGGAAUUAAAAAUGAAUAUCAGUAUGGAUAUAAGUAAUAAAGAGAAAUACGCUUAAACGUUUAUACGUAUAUAUUAUAUUCAGAAAAUAUACAUGGAUGCUCAGCUUCUAGUCAUUAAAAUGUAAGAACGACGCAGUUGAUAGGAAAGUCUUUUCUUGUCGGUUACAUACACCACUGUAAAGGUAAUCGUUAUUUUAACCGUAAAGAAGAAUAAUUUUAUGAAUGUAACUUUAAUUACCAUGCUUCGUAUCGAAUGAUAUAUGAAGGUGUAGUUUCUUUUCUUGCGAAUAAUGUUGAGUCCUUCACCGACGAGCAUUCAUUUUUAUUUAAAGUUUAUAACACUUUAUACAGUAUAGAAAUUGGUGUUGCAUAAUUAGGUACUUGUUUCUGUUAUUUCAGUUAAGUUAUUCAAGUCCGUCUUUAUGUUGAGGUUACUGAUGUUAAUGUUGUAAAAAAGGAGUUUUCGAAUUUUACAAUCAAACUGAGAAUAUGUAAAUUCUAGAAUCCAAAAUCUAUAAACAAGCAAUUUUGCUGCGCAUGAAGCAUAAGUCAAAAAUUAUCAAGUUUAGAGAGUCAUCAUUUAAAUUUUUUAUUAAGUUGAAUAUUAUAAAGUUUAAUAGUCAUUGACUGGGUAAUUUUUAAUGACUUUCUGUAUUUUUUAUUAAAUACUAAUUUUACAGGUAAGAACUAUUUUGUUGUAAUCAAUAUGUAUUACAAAGUGUUAUAAUAAUAAAACAAUUACAACCCGAUUUUUACUAACAUACAUGAACAAUAUUUCCUAAAUAAUUCUUUAGGAAGAAUAAUUCAAAGUUUUUAGUUCUUUAUUGCUUUUUGCAUUUUUAAAAUCAUAAAUGAACUUAUUUCUUUUUGUUGCAUUCAAUUUAAUGUAUAAUUUUUGUUUCUAUGUUAAUUAUUUUAUUUCAACGUGAUCUUUUUAAAUUUAACUUAUUCUUUCAUCCACUUUUAUUUUUCUGAACAACUAACUGACGAAAGCAUCUAUAUCAGCGAAUUAAAGUUUGAACAUUUGAACAUGCAGGUAGGUGUUGUUGAUUUUAUUAAAACAAAACUUAUUUUAGUUGCAGAAGUGAUUUUGAACCUCCGUAUCGUGAAUGACUUUAAUCUGUUAUAGUUUGGUGUGAGUUUCGCUUAAGUUUUAUUAAUUUAUGAUUUUCAACAUUUAUCAAUGACGUUAUAUUGAAAUAUUGUUUGUACAGUUUGAGUUUUAGAAAUUAUAAGAUUUUGUUUGAUAUAAAUAAUAUUGCGUUGCUUGUAAAGCUGACGUCAGAUUUUGCGCGAGAUAACGCGAUAAAACUUGUAAACAAGAGUAACCGGCGCGUUUUUAUCCCUGAUUAACGUUAGGAAAUUAGGAUCAUUUAGCUUGCGAAAGCUUUAAUGCAGCGAAAACGAAUACAAGUACAUCGACACGUGUAACAAUGACAGCGUACGUGUCGUGUACAUUGAGAUGCAAAUCGCAUCGUCAAAGAUACCUAAGUGUGAAAUGAAAUUGAUUGAAUCAGUGGCUUGAUUAACUUUUAGAUUAAAAAAAAAAAAAGAAAACUAAAAUUAACUAAAUACUUUAUAAGUACGACUGCUUCAAUCGACAAAGUUUCUGA